AUGCUGACAUAUGGAACUGAUCCAAAGGAUAAUCAUGGGCGGCCUCCGGCUCCUCGAGACUCUGAAAUUGAUCGAGAAGAGGCUACAAUGGAUCUCCAAGCUAUAAAUUGGGAGCAUCAUGGGCCUGGCUCAUGGCUCUCUAUUUGCUCAACCCCAGGCGUAGAAUGGGUUUCUUCCAAGACCGGCACCACUCGUUUCUACGAAGUUGCGCAGGGACUGGUCAUGGGUUGGACAAAAAAGUUGACGCUGGCCUCAGACAAGAUUCGUGAAAGGUGCCCAGAGCCAGGGGUUGAAGAUGCUUGGAAAUAUGUAACAGCUUAUUUUGAGAACUCACGAGAUAGCGUUUUCGGUGUUGUUCAGCGCUCCAAUUUCGAGAGUCGACUUCGUGUUCAUUUCCAGAAUUCCAAUAGGCCCGAUGAGGACGUUGCUUGGUAUGCUUUGCGGAACACAGUGUAUGCAAUAGGGCGCCGACUCGUGGUAUCAAUGGACGGAACUGGAGACUUCGCAGAGAUCCAGUCGGACUCAUUGCGAUUCUUUCACAAUGCCUUCUCCGUUUUUUCGGAGCUUCUAUUUAGGCCCAGUGGGCUAAUGGCUGUGCAGGCACUGGUCGUGAUGACUUCUUUCGCCGAGCUUCUAGGAAGCCCGGCCGUCGAGUACAUGCUCUGCGCAUCAGCAGUUCGACUCGCACAAUCGAAGGGUCUUCACCGACAGCCCUCAAGGGCAUGGAAUCUUCCAAGGUCAGAGACACUACACAGAAGUUGGGUGUUUUGGGCGGCAUAUUUCUACGACAAGAAUAUUGCCUUGCGAUCGGGUCGUCCGUCAGCGGUCGAUGAUGAUGAAAUAAGCUCCGAGAUACCCAAUGAGUUUCCUGAUGGAAGUAGGUCAGGCAUUGGCAUGGCAGUCGCUGCUAUAGAGCACGCUCGAAUCUGCGCCAAGAUAAGCAAACAGAUUUUAUCGGCGCGGGCAUUCAAUCAGUCACCAGAAGCUCUCUUCAACGUAAUGGAAACGUUGGAAAAAAAGCUGCAAAUGUGGCGAAAAACUCUCCCGGAUCAUCUAACCCUACCCAAGCAGAAGCAUUCCUUGCUGUUGAGGAAAUAUGAUCAACGCAGAACAGAAAUUCUACGGCUACACUACCUAUACUGGGGUAGCGUCAUCGCUUUGAAUGCAAAUUUCCAUUAUCCAUGGAUAAGUUCGCUGCUUGCUCGAUCAGAGUCCUUUUUCGAAGAUCGACUGGUGAAAAGCUCAACUCGAGCAGCUGAAGCCUCACGAGAGAUCUUGUCGACUCUGAAAGACACAGAGCUUGAUACGUCUUUCUCGUCACCGUAA